AUGCCAAUAGGUAUUUCUCGACCUAUCUGCACAGUUAAAUUUUACUUCAAAUCAAAACAAAUCAUGAGUUUAAACGAGAAUAGAAUGAAAAUUAACAAAAUCAAUCACGUUGAAGCUUUAAACGCAAAGACUUUCUCUAUUACAAUCGCAACUAUGUCGCAUCCCGAACCAAAAUCAACCGCCGAUAAAACUCACGAUGAUGUGGAUGAAGAUGAUGAACAAUUACAUAUAUUAUAUCAAAUUGUACCAACAAUGUAUAACACAACGACACAAGAACCACACAAAAAAGACGUGAAAUCAACAGUGGAAUCUACAACAAUAACAACAACACAAGUGAUUGAACCGACUGAUAUCAACGUCGACAUCGAAUAUCUGCUCAAAAAGGAUCCGAUAAAAUACAUUUAUACACCAAGUCCGAAGGAUUAUUCAGGUUUUGUUCAUUGUACAGUCCAUUGUCACAAAGAAGGCCUCCUAUCAAAAACAUUCGCUUUGUAUUUCAAUGGACGAAACGACAACGACCAAACAUUUCUUUUAACUGCACGAAAACAUAUCAAACUCGGUGGCCAUUCGGAAUAUCUCAUUGGAAAUGAUGAAAAAUCUGCCAAAGAUAUCACCAAUGAAAAUGCCAUUGCAAGACUAAAAUGUAUGAACAUCAUCGAUACCGAAUACAUACUUUAUGAUCAAACGAAUCAACAAUCUCUUGCCAUUGUCUAUAAUACUUAUAUAAUCGGAACAAAUGAACCAAGAAAAAUAACAGUUUUAAUGCAUGAUGCUGAAACUACGAGUCAACCUUUGAAAGAGAACGAAACAAUCAUUAAUGAAUGGCGAGCCGGACGUGCGAACAAUUGGACUGAGAUAAAAAACGUCGCACCAAUCUACGAUAAUGAAAGUAAAAAAUACAAUCUUCCAUACAUUGAAAACCGUGUCCAACAAACGUCACAUAAAAACUUUCAAUUAGCACAUCAAGGCAAUGUUAUCAUGCAAUUCGGUCGUAUUGAUUACAAAACUUAUGCUCUGGAUUAUCGAUAUCCUCUCACCGCUAUGCAAGCAUUCGCUAUCGCAUUGAGCGCUUUUCACAACCGAUUUCGUAAUUGA